AUGUGUGAACGAUUACCAUUAUUUCUUAUCGAAGCAAAAUCAAUUCUAUUUGAUCUUUUAAAUCGUACUCUAGAACUGUUCGAUCUAUCUGAUCAUUUUCUUCAACAUUAUCAUCUAACUAAAUUUCUUUCUUUACGUGAUGAACAACAUCGUGAUUAUUGUCAAUUCUCUCUAAAGAAACCAUGUAAAUUAAAUUAUAAUAUUAUUUCUGAUCUUAAUACUUAUCUUCAUCGUUUAAAUACAACAUGUCGUUUAGCUAAAAGUAAUUUACGUUCAUUACAUGCUGUUCGACUAACAUCACCAAAUGAUUAUAUAGUUAUUGAUGAUGAAAUCUAUGAAUUACUUAAAUUUUUUAAAACAAAAUUAAACAAUAUUCAACCGAUAGAAAAAUCAAUAAAUAUUCUCAAUAGACGAUAUUAUUCUCAACGUAUAGUUCAUAGUUCAUCAACAACUAAAUCAUUUGUAUUUCAUCCAGAAAUUUCAAAUCAAAAGAAUAAUUCUGAACAAUCGUCAAAAAAUGAAGAUCUAGAAGAAUAUCAUCAAAUACUAAUAUCAUUUGAAAAAAUCUUUCAAUUUUAUCAAUUUUUAAUUCAACAUUUAUAUGGUGUUCAUCUUGUUCGAGAUUCACAUAUUCUUCAACCAAUAGUAAUCAGUAUUAUUCGAUUACUUUUAUCGAUAACAGAUAAAUUGAAAGGAAAACUUGAAAUUAUUUCACCCACUAAAAUUCACCGUAAUCAUUUUAAUAUUCAACAGCAUGAAGAAAUUUGUCAUGAAGAGAAGAAGAUUAUUUCAAAUUCUAACAGUAAUAAAAAUAUUGAAUAUGUUCAUAAUGAUAAUCAUUCAACAAAUAUAAAAGAAGAUGGAGAAAGUAUAUUAGAAUUCGAUGAAGAUGAAUUCUAUCGUCUAGCAAAUCUUGAACGAGAUGAUUAA